AUUCACGGCGCGGCAGUGACAAAACUGAAUUUAACAGAUAUUCGUGGAGUGCGAAGAGCUCCUGCGGAUUUCUAUAGUUAGGUCACAAUUAAAAGUAAUUUGUUCUACUAAAGGAUACCUAUUUACAUUUUCCGGUGUGCCCAUCGUACCGUAUUUCACGGCAAUGCAAAAUGAGCUCUAUAACUUCAUUGAGGAAUCCAAAGAGCUGCAUGUGUUUGCUUCAGAAGGUGGCUAUGUUCCGAGGGAAGUGUGUGGCUUGUUUGCCAAGGACACCAUAAGGCUGAACCUCAGCUCCAUACAACUCAGAACAUCCAAGGGACUGGACAUGUUCCCCAGGGUGGAGGAGGUGGUGCUGGACAACAACGAGCUCACCUGUCUUCAGCUGAACAGGAUGCCGAGAAUGCACACCCUGUCUUUGAACAAGAACAAGAUUGAGGAGCUGGAGCCGCUGCUGGUGACGCUGCAGAGGUGUGCCACCCGCCUGACGUACCUCAGCCUCCUGGGGAACCCGUGCAGCCCCGACCAGCUCACCGGAGACCGCUUCACGCCCGAGGACUACGCCCGACACAGACUGUAUGUGCUCUACAUGCUGCCCAACCUGCUGUUCCUGGACUCGAUGGUCGUCUCGCGGAAGGAGCGUCUGGAGGCGAAGCGACGGGGCCAGUACUGCCGUACCGCGCGCCUCAUCAGGUUCAGCGGUCCGACCGGCCCGGCGCGCACAGAGUGGGGAAUGGACGCCCUCGACUCGGCUAUCGCGCCGCCGCCGCCCCCGGUCGACCGACAGAAGCGAGGACCGGUGUACGGCCAGCUGGCGUACCGGUACGUCGGAAAACACUCCGAGGGUAACCGGUUCAUCAGGAAUUCGGACCUCUAACCAGGAGGUACCGUCCGCAUCAGUGGGGUCUUGAGGCACAAUUCUACCUAUAUCCAGUGUCGCGGGGUGUCGCUGGGAUCCAGACUAGUGUGUCCCGCCUGUGAGAUGUGGUGGUGAGUUGUCGGUGAAUUGUGAGACGACAGAGUGUCAGUAUGCUGUAAUACAGCGGCCACGGUAGCGUUUAAUCCCAUACUAUGAGGCCACGCCACUGCUACCGUUACGCUGAGAUGUUUAUAGUGCUGUGUGGCUCCUCGUUGCGAGUUUUAUUGCCUUUUAUGACUGUUUAUCGCAAUCUUCCUGUGGUAGAGAGAUGGAUCGUGUGACUUAAUAAUUCGCCAUAAAAUGUGCAUUGCAAUGUUACCGAGGCUGUAGUUAAUGGGAAUGGAAUUAUCGGCGCAGGUUUCCUUCGACCUGCCGCGUUUCAUCUUACCACUUUUAUAAAUGCGCAUGAUGUGAAUGGGCAUUGGGUCCCAACAACUAUAUGCAAUAUGCAUCGUCUAGAUUUGGGACGAGCGUGGAUGUGUUGAGAAAUGCGUCGUAAUAUGGAUAAGGCUCAGUUCAUUUCCCUUCUUGGUCUCAUCUUUCCAUGUUUUGAUCAUGUAAGGAACAAGGCUACUAGUGCCUUUCCCUCGCCGAUGACUUAUCUUGUGGGAUAUCCUAUAGUUAUUUGCAUUCACAUCGUAUUUUUCAUGCAUUUAUGCAGAGCUUACAACGCUAUUUUUAUAAACAUUGUGCAAUCACCGCGAUGUAAUUUCACGAUGUGUAUAAUGCAUGGGUCUUCGACAUAUCGUUUUGUAAUUACGAGGUGAAAGAUGCUGUUCUAUUCUAGUGCUCUUAGCUGGAUUUGGGUGUGAUAUUAUCCACCGAAUAACAUACUGAGGUCCCCGUGCCUCAGUAUGUCCCCGUGCCUGUACUGAGGUCCCCGUGCUGUGGUCAAUUUUAUGUAAACAGACGAGCUGCAAUGUGAACCCCGGGCGAGAGUAAAACCCCACAUUCCGCCAAGUGCAAUUCUAGCUGAAUAGGCAGCGUGAGGCAAUACAUUCCGAAAAAUGUUUA